AUGGCGUAUGAUUGGGAUAGUAAACCAGUUCAAUUUCUACCAAAUUGGCCAAAUGCGCAUGCACCAAAAACUCCUGCAGAAAGCAUAACGGGCUCGUCUGCCCAUGAAGAGGCGCUUGACCACGUAACAUUAAAUGAACUGCAGCAAGGGGAAUUGUACAUUUUAAAGAUUAAAUUGAUAGUUGUUGCACUAUUUCAAGGUUGGGAUGAUGAUAUGUGCUGCUUUUCCGUUUUGCGCACGGAUUUGUUAGACGAAUUGCGCUGGUCAGAAGCAAGGUACCUGCCAAAUAACUUUGAUGCGUAUCUUGCCUUUGAUUAUGCGGGUAACCCGCCUAUUCAUUUGUGGACAAAGCAAUUGCGCGCCAUGGUCCCAGUCAACUGGUUUAGCAUGUUUGAAGAAGCACGACAUAUGCAAAGACAGUGGAAUAUUUCCUACUGGAACCCUGAACCAAAUGCUACUCUCAUGAUGAUUGAAGAUGACUAUCAACAAGACUCGCCUGUCAAUGUCAAUGAUGAACAUUUGGAACCAAGCCAAGAUCAGCGCCAAUUUGAUGGUGAUGAUGAGCAAAGCAAUACGGCAGAAGUGGUAGAUAAUAACACAGCCCCUCAGGAAGCAAUAACAACAAUUACAGCAACAACAACAACAACAACAACAAUUACAAAAAAUGAUCUAUUCUUAUCCGAGCUUCCGACAAAUUUAGAUACAUCGCUGGCGCAUCCUAUUGUGACCAAAACGAAUUCAACGCCUGCCAUGAGGUUACAAAAUCAAUAUAUCCGUAGCACAUUUGACGUUCCACAGCCACAAGAGCUACAGAGCACAAUCGAAGAAAAACAGUUAUCGCCUGCUGUCACCAAACCACAAACUAAACUCUCAAAGAGUGAAGGUACUACAGAACAACAUACUAAAUCCAUACCUCCUACUGCAAGCACUACCACAACCCCCAGCCCCUCUACAAAGAGACCUGAAGUAAAGCAAAAAAGAUCAUUCAGCUCUUUCUUUUUGAAAAAGAAAAAGUCCAAAAAGUCUUUGAGCGAGGACAAAUCUACAAAGCGAAAGAGCACGCCUCCUGAUGCGCCACUUUCAAGAUCUGCAACAUCAAAUCCAAACAAAAAGCCAUCCACAAUUGAUAUACCCUCCAGAAGAAAGAGCCAAUCCAACGAAAAGAAGGAUAAGAAGAACGCAGAGGAAGAAGUGUUUGAGACUCUGGAGUCAAGUAACAGUGACACUUCUGAGAAACCAGCUUCAUCGUUAUCAUCACCAACGAUAAAGACGCCCAAAAACGAUGCCGUGGACAGUAGCACUACAGACAAAAUUGAACUAUUUGAUAUGGAAAGCUAUUUUGAUAUGCAGGCAACUUUUGCCUUUUUAAACAAUACCAACAUUGAUAACUUUUCUCUCAUUGAUAUUUCUUCUAAUACAGCGAAAACGACUGCUUGA